AUGGCGUCAUCAAGGGCUCUGAUUUGUGAAACCGAGGCGUGGGAGGAAUCGAAGGGCCAUGUUGAAGGUAUUAGCAAGACUCAUUUGCGUGAUUCGAUGAGUGAUGUCGACAGAUGCCAAAAGAUGAUGGUGUAUGUGUUCAUUUUGUUUGUUUCUUUUUUUGUCAAAUGUGUUCUUUUCAUUUUUGGUCUAAAUGUGGUUUGA